AUGGACUCACGCUUAAGUCCAUUUUAUUACCCUAAAUUUAGUUUGGAUGCUCCCAGAUAUCCUACAGACUCAUUUCUAGGCAGAUAUUUGAAUUUUGUGGACUUGAUUGACCCGAGAACCCUGUUCGCAUCAAGUGUAAGGUCAAAAAAUUAUUUGCUUUACGGAAACCAAAGACCAGAGAGAUUCUAAUUUUUUCUAAAAAUUAAUGACCGAAGUUUUUGAUUAAUGUUAAAAAUAUCGUUUUAUAGAAGAGACUUGAGGACGCCAAAAGAUUACUGGAAGAUUACAAACAAGGAAAGGCCUCGGAUGUCCCGGAUAAGGAGCUAUGGCAAGCAUCAAAGCUGGUUGCCUCCACUUUUCAUCCGGAUACGGGGGAGAAGAUCCUGCCGCCCUUCCGGAUGAGUGGAUACGUACCUUUUGGAUGGAUUACGGUAAAAACGAAUAAUAAAAGAAAUAAAUAACAGUCAUAGGUGACUGGAAUGCUGCUUCCCAAUCCUUCAUGGGGCUCAAUUCUCUUCUGGCAAUGGGCCAAUCAAUCGCACAAUGCCUGUGUGAAUUAUGCCAACCGAAAUGCUUCUAAUGUAAGGAAAAAAAUAUUACAAAAGCUUUCGAUCAACCAGUUUUCAAUGGACAAAAUAACGUAUUUUAGCCUCAACCGUUUGCCGUUUAUGGGAAAGCCUACCUAGCAGCGGUCGGAGCGGCUAUGUCAAUCUCAGCGACAUUAACUUAUGUCAUCAGAUCGUUCAAAAACCUAACCACUACUCAAAGGUUAAUAAUUCAACGGUUUGUCCCAUUACCGGCGACCUCCUUGGCAUCUACAUUAAACGUUUUAUGCAUGAGGAUGCCGGAAAUCCAAAAAGGAAUCGACGUUAUGGAUGCUGAUGGUAAUGUAAUUGGAGUCUCUAGAGAAGCUGCCAAAAAGGUAUUACAAAAAACAUUUUUAUGCGGAUUUAGGCGGUAAAAGAGACGGCCAUGACCCGAGCGUUCCUCCCCAUUCCACUCCUUCUUCUACCUCCUUGUAUCAUGCCUUUUAUCGAAAAGUAAGCCAUGUGUUGUUUGUAUAACAUCAAAAUCAUUGUACAACCAUCACUUCCAGAUAUAAAUUUGUUCAAAAAAGUGCUGGCCGACACCUAUUUGUCAAUGCAGUCGUGUGCACGCUCAGUUUUGGAUUCAGUUUACCGAUCGCAUUGGCCCUCUUCCCCCAGACAUCAACCAUAAGCAGAGAUCAAGUGGAACCACAUAUCCAGGAGAAGACCCAACAACAAACUCUUUACUUUAAUAAGGGACUGUAA